AUGAGUCAAGACCACUUGGACCCGGAAAAAAGAGAAUCCAAGUAUAUUGGGUUUGUCGCCGGGUGUUUUAGUGGUAUCACCAAGAACUUCGUCGGACACCCGUUUGACACGGUUAAGGUCAGACUACAGACGGCUGAACCUGGUAGGUUUUCAGGGCCCUUGAAUUGUUGUGUUAUGACAUUGAAAAAUGAAGGUCUCUUUGGCUUUUUUAAAGGUGCAUUAGCUCCUAUGUAUGGCUGGUUGAUCAUGGACUCUGUCAUGUUAGGGUCUCUACAUCUCUAUAAGCAGUUGAUCAAGGAUAGGUUUUAUCCUGAAGAGAAAAAAUUACCCAUGCCGGGAUUGCUAGUGGCCGCAGUUGGAUCUGGAUGGACUGUAUCCUUUGUAGCAGCACCAGUGGAGACUAUCAAAGCGCGUCUACAAAUACAAUAUGACGCUAAAUCAAAAGUUUUCGAUGGCCCAACUGAUUGUUUGAUAAAAUUAUUGAGAUAUGAUGGAUUAAAAACUUUAUACAGAGGAUUGAUUCCCACAAUGAUCUUCAGAACCAAUUUCGUGUUCUGGUGGGGUUCAUACGACCUGAUAACUGAUGCAUUAGACCGUUACACAACUCUCUCUAAACCUGCGGUUAACUUCUGGGCUGGAGGCUUGGGGGCCUCAGUAUUUUGGACGUUUGCCUAUCCAGCUGAUGUGAUAAAGCAGACCAUAAUGACAGAUAACGUGGCUAAACCUCGGUUCAGGACGUACUCCCAAGCGGUGCGUUACAUUUAUACUGAAAGAGGGGGAAUGAAGGGGUUUUUUAGAGGAUACAUACCCACCAUGUUACGUUCAUUCCCCGCUAAUGCAUCUGCUCUGGCAGCUUUUGAGUUUGCUAUGAGACUAAUGCAUGUCCACUAA